AUGGCAUUCGACGAAAUGGACAAACAAAACUUUACAGUAUGCGGCCGAUUACAUUUGAAGCCGGCUGCCAGAAUCGUAUCUUUGUGUUUACUAUGCUUCGUAUUUGUCGAUUUUAUAUUCUCGUUCGGGCGAAGCACGGCGGCCAUGUUCUAUUCGUGGAUGAGUGCAUGCUUCUCAAUUGGUAUCUAUGGUGCACUGGUAUAUGCGGUCUUCAAGGAGAAGAGGAUGUUCAUGUUACCGUAUCUUAUUUUUCAGGUAGGGUGGGGUAGGAUAGAGUAGAGUAGAGUAGAGUAGGGUAGGGUAGGGUAGGGUAGGGUAGGGUAGGGUAGGGUAGUAGGGUAGGGUAGGGUAGGGUAGGGUAGGGUAGGGUAGGGUAGGGUAGGGUAGGGUAGGGUAGGGUAGGGUAAGGUAGAGUAGGGUAGGGGUAGAGUAAAGUUAAGUAGGGCAAAAUUCAGAAGGCACGGAUAAUUUAAAAUCAUUUUAAUUUUUUUUUAUGUUUAGUACUAGUGGUAACAGUAGUACCAAAAAGUGAACCAAUGUGUUUUUUUUUAUUUUCAAAGCGCGCUUUUAAAAUUUCUUUUAAUUAAUAGAAAUUUUGUUUUUUUAUGGUACCACUGGUACCAGUAGUACCAAAAAAGGGUACCAUCAGCAUUUUUUUUAUUUUUAAAAAUGCAAUUUCAAAGCAUUUUUAAAAAAUACAAAAAAAUUUUUUUGUGGUACCACUAGUACCAUUAGUACCAAAAAGCAUUAUUUUAAAUAUUUUGUUAAAUUUAUCGAAAAUUUAAGGAAAGGUGAACAAUUACCAUUUUCAGACAGUGUUCGUAGCCUUCUUGUGCCUUAUUUUAUUGAUAUUCACCAUUGGAGCCAUGUUCUCCAACGAACUCAUGAGGAAGUUGAGUAAAGACAUUGGAGCCCUCGAUGAAGCUGCUGACAUGGAAGAACAGACUAAAGGUAAGAACUUUGUUUACAAAAGAUAAAGUGGCAAGAACUUUCUUUACAAAACAAAAAAUGGCAAGAACUUUCUUUACAUGUUAUAAAAUUGCAAAAACUUUCUUUUCAAAACGUAAAAAUUAAAAAAUGGAAUUCCUCGGAUAACUUGUCACCUGGAGGCUGCAGAGCCCAACCUUUUCAGUUUUAAAAGCACAAAAUGGCAAGAACUUUCUUUACAAAUUAUUUUUUUUUUAAACUUUUACUUUGCCUACUACUAUGAUAUUAUACUAUAACCAUACAUUUCAGAAUACCACGCCUUUGUCAUCUUCUUCUUUGUCUUUUUAAGCCUGUUCAUGUGCUGCCAAACCUAUUUCCUCACUAUUAUCUACAGAUUUUUCAUUUUCUUACGUGAUCGCGAAUCCAGCUUCAACUUCAACGUUGACAAUGAUUUUCAACUGUCCGAGUGA